CUAAAUCACUCAAUUCCGAGCAAUGUUGGCUUGCAGAUCAACUGCAGCUGUUGCUGGUGCUCCACUCUGCUCUGCUCUUGAGUUACUCUUAAGAAGUAACGACCACAAAACAACACCAAUAGCCGGCGCGUUAAUGCCAAAGCAAUUGCCACUCCAUCCAUCCAACCAGCCAUUCACAGCGACAACAAAAUAAACCCAUAACCAAAGAUAUAAACAUUUAACAAAAAGCAAAUAACAAUAAUAACAACAACACAAUUACAAGAAAAACUAAAUAAUUUUUGUUUUGUUUUUGUGUUUUUUGUUGAUCACCAAAACAAAGCGUCAGUGAGUGGAGCUCUUUCAGACCAUAAACAACGAAACAGCCAGGCGGCCAUUCCAGUCAGUCAGUCAUCGAUCCGUCCAACCAAGUUGUCCAACAUCAUGAACAACAAACACCAUUUCACAAUUCCUUUGGUGGGUUUGCUCUGUUGCUGUGUCCUCUUUACCACACUGGGUCAGCCGGUCACCUCCAAGUCGCUGGUCAUUGAUGCCGCACCCUCGGUUGUAUCCUAUCAGGGCUCAUCGCAAUCCUAUGCCCAUUUGGUGAUCUCGCCGCGGGGUAGGGCUCUCGGCUAUGUGGCACCCACAAAUCUCAAUCACACGGUCCAUCACACGGAGAAGGUAAAAGAAAGUUUGGAUUUUUUGGAUAUACGACCGGUUUACAAUAACCAUAAUAAUUAGUGGAAGACCUCCCCCUUCCACCUCCACCACCCUCUUCCAAGUGUAUAAAUGUUAAUGGUAUUUAUGUAUGUAUGUAUGUUUAUUUUUUUGUAUAUUGUAAUAAUGUCUAAUCGUAGUAGUGUUACCAAUUUUGUUAAAUGAAAUUGUGCAAAAGAAAAAGAGAGUGUGUUUUGGCCAUAAAUUAAAAUCUGAAAUUGGAUGAAUCCGAUCCAAACAACCAACCAACCAACAUCCGCAUAUCUUUUAUGA